UUCAGUCCCUAUUUGGAACUGCUCUCGCGGCAGUUCAGACCUCGUGCUCGGCCCCCUUCGCCUGUCUGUGUGUGGUAUCCGCAGGUCCGAGGCACUUUUUUUUUUUUUUUUGAGUGCGUGUACGUGUGUGUUGAGUGCGUGUGUUUGUGUGUUUUGGGGGUUUGUCGGGACGCGGAGAGGAGAGCCAGGCUGGGAGGAAGGAAAGAAGCCGCAGAGCUCCCGGGCUCGGGCUACGUCUCCCCCUCCGGUGCUCUCCAGUCUGCGCGCUCCUAGGCGGCAGGGACGCCGACCGCUCCUCGUCAGAGACGCGGCCGAUCCACUUGAGAGCAGAGGACCCCUUCGCCGAGGCUUCCUAUGCCGGCUGGAGUUAGGAUGCCAGGGCUCAUUAUUUGCACCGACUGAGCCCGGAGUUCCUCCUCGGCCCUGGGAAGGGCUGGCGGCGGCGGCGGCAGGAGCAGACGAAACAGCAGGCUCUCCUCUCCGAAGGGGGGGGGGGGGCGCGUCGAAGCGCCCUCGCUGGGCUCUAGCCCUCACCCACGGUCCUCAAGCCGUCACCUCGGUGGCCUGCUUCCUUUCUCUUGUCGCCGCGAGCUCCGGGACCGACCGCCUCUGGGAUCUGACCCGCGCGCCCCGGAUGCUCCGGGCUGCCCAGACGCGCCCCCCUCCAGCCUCAUCGUGCUGAUUGACCCGUAAGGGGACAGGAGAACCCCCCCAAUCCCACCCCCGGCCUUGGGAUCCCGCACUGGAGCCGCCAGGGAGCCGAUGAUGUCCACGCAGACCCGGCUUCUGACACUGUCCACGCAGCCGGGGGAAGGUGGCCGGCCGAAGCCGGCCGAGCCCUAGGCGCACAAAGCGCGAGCCCGCCGCCGACUUUGCCGCUCGCUCCGCCGCUCUUUGUCUGCACUCGGGGCGCACGCCCGACUCUGGGAUUUCGCUGCGAGAGCGGGCUGGGGGGGGCCGGGGGCGAGCUCUCGGUUCCCCGGCCGCCCCCCGCUCGGGCUCGCCUCCCCCCUCCCCCGCACAUCCCCGGCUCGGGCUCUCAGCGCUUCCAAGCUCUCAGAAUCGCGACCCCUCCCUGCCAUGUAUCCGCAAGGCAGACAUCCGGCACCCCAUCAACCCGGGCAGCCGGGAUUUAAAUUCACUGUGGCCGAGUCCUGUGACAGGAUCAAAGACGAAUUCCAGUUCCUGCAAGCUCAGUAUCACAGCCUCAAAGUGGAGUACGACAAGCUGGCGAACGAGAAGACGGAGAUGCAGCGCCAUUAUGUGAUGUACUAUGAGAUGUCCUACGGCUUGAAUAUUGAAAUGCACAAGCAGACAGAGAUUGCAAAGAGACUGAACACGAUUCUAGCCCAGAUCAUGCCGUUUUUGUCACAGGAGCAUCAGCAGCAAGUGGCGCAGGCUGUGGAACGCGCCAAGCAAGUGACCAUGACGGAGCUGAACGCCAUCAUCGGGGUACGUGGACUCCCCAAUCUGCCUCUCACCCAGCAGCAACUCCAGGCACAACACCUCUCCCAUGCCACGCAUGGUCCCCCGGUCCAGCUGCCGCCCCACCCGUCAGGCCUCCAGCCUCCUGGGAUUCCCCCAGUGACAGGAAGCAGCUCUGGGUUGCUGGCACUUGGUGCCCUGGGAAGCCAAGCCCACUUGGCAGUGAAGGAUGAGAAGAACCACCAUGAACUGGAUCACAGAGAGAGAGAAUCCAGCACGAACAAUUCCGUGUCACCCUCAGAAAGCCUCCGGGCCAGUGAAAAGCACCGGGGCUCUGCAGACUACAGCAUGGAAGCCAAGAAGCGGAAAGCAGAAGAGAAAGACAGCCUGAGCCGAUACGACAGCGAUGGGGACAAGAGUGAUGACCUGGUGGUGGAUGUUUCCAAUGAGGACCCAGCGACGCCCCGGGUGAGCCCAGCACACUCCCCUCCUGAAAAUGGGCUGGACAAAGCCCGUGGUCUGAAGAAAGAUGCCCCCACCAGCCCAGCCUCCGUGGCUUCCUCCAGCAGCACACCGUCCUCCAAGACCAAAGACCUUGGUCAUAAUGACAAAUCUUCCACACCUGGGCUCAAGUCCAAUACACCAACGCCAAGGAACGAUGCCCCAACUCCCGGCACCAGCACCACCCCGGGGCUCCGGUCAAUGCCGGGCAAACCUCCAGGCAUGGACCCGAUAGGUAUAAUGGCCUCGGCCCUGCGAACACCCAUCACCCUCACCAGCUCCUAUCCAGCACCCUUUGCCAUGAUGAGCCACCACGAGAUGAAUGGCUCCCUCACCAGCCCAAGCGCCUAUGCUGGCCUACACAACAUCCCAUCCCAGAUGAGCGCCGCCGCAGCCGCUGCAGCCGCCGCCUAUGGCCGAUCGCCAAUGGUGAGCUUUGGAGCUGUUGGUUUCGACCCUCACCCCCCAAUGAGGGCCACGGGUCUGCCCUCCAGCCUGGCCUCCAUUCCCGGAGGGAAACCGGCGUACUCCUUCCAUGUGAGUGCUGAUGGGCAGAUGCAACCUGUGCCCUUCCCCCAUGAUGCACUAGCAGGCCCCGGCAUUCCCAGGCACGCCCGGCAGAUCAACACGCUCAGCCACGGGGAGGUGGUGUGUGCCGUGACCAUCAGCAACCCCACACGGCAUGUCUACACAGGCGGCAAGGGCUGUGUGAAGAUAUGGGACAUCAGCCAGCCGGGCAGCAAGAGUCCCAUCUCCCAGCUGGACUGCCUGAACAGGGACAACUACAUCCGCUCGUGCAAGCUUCUCCCUGAUGGGCGCACGCUCAUUGUGGGUGGUGAGGCCAGCACGCUCACCAUCUGGGACCUGGCCUCGCCCACACCCCGCAUCAAGGCUGAGCUGACGUCCUCGGCUCCGGCCUGUUAUGCCCUGGCCAUCAGUCCUGAUGCCAAAGUCUGUUUCUCCUGCUGCAGUGACGGGAACAUUGCGGUUUGGGACCUGCACAACCAGACCCUGGUCAGGCAGUUCCAGGGCCACACAGAUGGGGCCAGCUGCAUAGACAUCUCUCAUGAUGGCACUAAGCUGUGGACCGGGGGCCUGGACAACACUGUGCGCUCCUGGGACCUGCGUGAAGGGCGGCAGCUGCAGCAACACGAUUUCACCUCCCAGAUCUUCUCCCUGGGUUACUGCCCCACUGGGGAGUGGCUGGCCGUGGGCAUGGAGAGCAGCAAUGUGGAGGUCCUGCACCACACCAAGCCCGACAAGUACCAGCUGCACCUGCAUGAGAGCUGCGUGCUGUCCCUGAAGUUUGCCUACUGUGGCAAGUGGUUUGUGAGCACUGGGAAAGACAACCUUCUCAAUGCCUGGAGGACGCCUUAUGGAGCCAGCAUCUUCCAGUCAAAAGAAUCCUCAUCUGUCUUGAGCUGUGACAUUUCAGCGGAUGACAAAUAUAUUGUAACAGGCUCUGGUGACAAGAAGGCCACAGUUUACGAGGUCAUCUACUGAACAAGGACUCUAACAGGCCUGUCAAACUCUGGGAGACACCCACACAGCCCUGACAGGGAGAUGCUGGCCAGGCCCCGAGGAUGGCAGAAGAAUGAGGGAGCAGCAUUGUGGGGCUGCCCUCCCGAAGGUGGAGAGGAUGCACGCCCCUUCAUGGAUUGAUGUGUCUGACAGACUUGAAGGACUUUCUCCUCUCCCCUAACCAGUGCUGGCAGAUGCUUCAAUUAGAUUUCUCUGGAGGCUUCUGCUUCCGUUUCCCCCACAGACAUCCUCAUGAGUCUGUCUCUUCCUCCCCUUUCUGACCUGUUCCCUCCCUACUCUGGGUUGGAGGGGGGGUGCAGGAGUAGACAUUGUUUCUGGGGAGGGGCGCCUCAUUCUGAUUGUGCAGUGCACAAGGUUUGUGAACAAUGUAAAUAAGAGACUGUGGUUGCUGACUGGCCCGGGGGGAGGAGGCCCCUUCCCACCAAUGCUCGCCGUGUAUUUUGCCUGCUGUAUUUGUGACCCACUCAUGGUGGUGGCUUUUCUUUCUUUUUUUUUCUUUCUUAAUUUUUUAAACAGCUGUUCUGAGGGGAAAGUAGGCAGAGAUAGAGAGUUGGGGAGCAGAACCAGAAGCUUCCUGGGGGUGGGCAAACCAUCCUGGCCCACUGGAACAGGCGUGUGUCUCCACACGGGUUUUAGCGCCAUCUUUAGAUGGAAUGAUAGGCAGAUGGACAGACAAGCUGAUGGACAGUCCUGGGAUGGGCCAGCCUGGGCUAUUACCCACAGGAACAGCGAGGAUUUCCUGUGGGUUCCUUUGCUCCGUCUGUCUCUUGCCUUGCCCUCACACCUCCUGACCUUCAUCUCUCCCUGUCCCCCGCCCCCACCCCAUCUUUCUCUUUGGUGCACACUCAAUCAUUGUGAUGAGGAACGGAAGUUCAGGGGAACUCCCUCUCUGACUCUCCUCCAGCGCAGCCUAGAAAGGAUUCCAUGUGGGGGUGGGGGGGAGACAAAGCGACUCAGCUCAGGGAGCUACCAGAGAAAAACAGCGACUGGUGUGGGUGCUUUUUUUUUUUUUAAUUUGAAUAAAAAUAAUUAGAAGUGAUAUCCUUUGAUAAGAUGCCGUCUCCCCUUUCCUGCUCUCAGCCCUUUCUGCUCCCUGAAGCGGGGAAAUGGUGACCCCCAGGGUUGUAAGUCUGAGAAGAUGGGCGGGACAGCGGGCUGGGGCCUGGGGCAGACGGAAAGUCACCUGCAGAUAUCACCCUAGGGUACCAAUGUUUGUGGUAUUAGGUUUGCCUUGUUUUGUUUUGGGUCUUUUUGUUGUUUUAUUAAAGAAAAGCUAAAGACCGCGUGAGCCCGGCUGGUGGGCUCUCCAUGGAUGUAGCAUA